UAUGUUAUCUUUUCAGGCCCCGGAAGUGGGAAGAAAGAAAGAAAGAACGGGAGACAUAUCACAUAACUUUACACAGAAAAAGGAGAGAGAAACAAAGCAGGGUCCAAAAAGGCCACCAAAUCCGUAUCUAUUACCAGUUUUAUCACCGCCUCAACAACGAUAAACGCACCGUGUUGCAGCUCUAAUGGCCGACGAUUCGCCUACCGCUGCAAAAGAUGAGGUCCUCUCUGUUGAGCUUCCAGCUCCUCCGGCCUGGAAGAAACUGUUUUUCCCAAAGAAAUUGGGAACACCGAGGAAAAGUGAGAUUGUGUUCAUAGCUCCUACUGGGGAGGAGAUCAGUGGAAGGAAACAACUGGAGCAGUACCUAAAGGCACAUCCUGGCAAUCCUGCUGUAUCUGAGUUUGACUGGGGAACUGGUGAGACCCCUCGGCGAUCAGCCAGGAUCAGCGAGAGGGCGAAAUCAACUCCUCCAGCAGAUGCUGAGCCUCAAAAGAAGCGAGCUCGAAAAUCAUCUGGUUCAAAGAAAGAUCCGAAGGAAACAGAACCUGCUUCAGAAGGAGGAGGCAAGGGAAAGUCUGCUGCUAAAGAAGAAGAACCCAAGGCUGCAGAGGAUGAUGCUCAUAAGGAGGGAGAAACAGGAGAGAGAAAAAAGGGGUUUGAGAACUGGAAUGAAACACAGCAAACUGAACAAACAACUGAUACUCAUAAUGAUAAUAAGCUGCAGGGUGAUGCAGAGGAAAACACUAAAAGUCAAGAGAAAGCUGAAGAAGUUGCAGCAGAGGAAAAAACUGGUGUAAAAACUUUGAACGCUGAACCACAGAAAGAAAACGGCGUCACUGUACAGGUGAACGGGGAAGCUGAUGUCAAGAAGACGAUAACUCAAACGGAGGAGAUGGGGAUGAAGAUUGAUGAAGAGAGAGUUGAGAAUGGGAGAGUUAAUGCAGAUGUGCGCAGUGAAGCCGCUCAACAUUCAUCAGCCCACCCUGUGGCAUGCUGAAAUGCACUGUACUGUACUGUACUAAUGUGUAGUAGUACCCUUUGACUCUUGUAAUGUUAUUCCAGCUAUCUUGUUGAGACAUCCUGGAUGACUGUGGUCUCUUAUUUUUUGUUCAUUUGGGUUUACCUAGGAGGGAAUCAUUUGAAACGUGACCUGUACCUUCUGUUAGUUUAGGCUCUAGAUCUUCCAUAGUGCUGCCGCUCUUUAGAUUUCUGACUGUAAAACUUCAAUGUUAGUCAUCUAAUUCGCACUUGCGUAGUGGGAAAAGUGGUGGUUGAGGUUCUGAUC